AUGCAACAGGAAGUGGAAAAGCCCUCUCGGGGCCCUCAAUCACAAUUCCAACAGGGUCACCAAAUCCCUGUUGAGCAUCACAAAAAGCCCGGCUUACAGGUUGAGAUGGAAGGCCCAAAGCCCACCUCAAGCAAGAUCCCAACUGAGGAUGGCGGGUAUCAAACCUACAAAGCGGCGGGAAAGCUUUCAGGGAAAAAAGCUAUCAUCACUGGUGGUGAUUCCGGAAUCGGCCGCGCAGUCGCUAUUCUAUUUGCUAUGGAAGGAGCCUCUAGUUUGAUUACGUAUCUUCCCGAAGAGGAAAAAGAUGCGCAAGAGACUAAAAGACGGGUGGAGGAAAUCGGGCAAAGCUGUUAUUGCUUCGCUACCGACCUACGCGAUAAGAAGAAUUGCCAGGCGGUGGUUGACACAGCCCUGAAGAGCUUAGGUGGUAUUGACAUCCUAGUCAAUAAUGCUGGAACACAAACGAUGAUCGAAGACAUCAAGGAUUUAGAAGAGUCUCAAUGGGAGAGCACAUUCGACACCAAUAUCCACUCUAUCUUCUACCUCUCGAAAUACACGAUUCCUCACCUCAAGAGCGGCUCGACCAUCAUUAACUGUGCAUCUGUCAACCAUUAUAUUGGUCGCCCUGAUCUGCUCGACUACACGUCAACCAAGGGGGCAAUCGUCGCUUUCACUAGAGCGUUAUCUAACCAGCAAGUCAAAAAUGGCAUUCGAGUGAAUUGUGUUUGUCCUGGGCCAAUCUGGACCCCUCUUAUUCCGGCAACUAUGAAUACCACCGCCCAAGAGCAGUUCAGCGGCACACCGAUGGGUCGUCCAGGACAACCUAGCGAGGUUGCAACAUGUUUCGUUUUCCUUGCAAGCCAGGAUAGUAGCUUUAUCUCUGGGCAAAGUUUGCAUCCUAACGGGGGAGUAGUUGUCAACGGAUGA